AUGACUACCCGCAGCGCAGUGGACUGCGAUAACCUCGACUCGACCCUGAGCGAAGUCAUUCUAAGAUUCAUCAGCGCCCAAACAAUGCCGAUAAUCCAGAAAUACUGCCCUGCGAUCGCGGCUGGUGGGAAGACGUGCUGCAACAGUGAGCAGCUGGAGAACCUCGCGGACAAGAUCCGCAUCGCAGAGAACAUCCUCGCGCGUUGCCCGGCCUGCUUCGACAACUUCGUGCAGCACGUCUGCGGCAUGACCUGCGCGCCCGAUCAGAGCAACUUCCUCAAAGUGGUCAAACUUUCUCCGUAUAACGCCACAAACCAGCAGAUAGAAGAGCUGGACUAUCAUCUCAGCACCACGUAUAUGAAUAAUACCUUCGACUCAUGCCGUCAGGUCCAAAUGCCGUCGAGCAACCAGCUGGCGCUGGACAUGAUGUGCGGGCAGUGGGGCGCCGCGUACUGCACACCGCAGCGCUGGUUCGACUUCAUGGGCGACGCGUCGGGCGCCUUCGUGCCAUUCCAGAUCAACUACAUCUCGGGAGACCAGCCCGCCGACGGCUUCACUCCCUACUCUCCACCCACCAGGCCCUGCAACGUUGGUAUCAAGGGCUCGCCGGGCUGCUCGUGCCUGGACUGCGCGGCGUCGUGCCCCGCGCCGCCGCCGCGCCCACCGCCGCCGCGCCCCUUCAGCAUCCACGGCGCCGACGGCUACGCGGUCGUCAUGGCCAUCGUCUUCCUCAUCUUCACCACGCUCUUCCUCGGCGGCGUCUUCUGCUGCAACCAGCGCGAGAACAUCGUGGACGGGUGGGCGCGGGGCGCGGAGGCGCGCCGGGGCGGCGGGCCCGAGACCAGUCCGCUGCACAGCCACCGAUCUAGUGUAGCUUCGGACACAAACCAAGAGAUGGCCACCAACCCGACAGCCAUCGGUUGGACGGUGGAACAAACGGACGGCGCCGGGGAGGCCACCUUCUUCGAGAGACUCGGCGCUGAGACGGAGACUAAAAUGGAGGACUUCUUCCAGUGGUGGGGCUGUCACAUGGCGUCUCGGCCUUGGCUUGUACUGUUCUUCGGUCUAUGCCUGGUGGUGGGUCUGGGACACGGCAUCAAGUACAUGCAGGUGACGACUAACCCGGUGGAGCUGUGGGCGGCGCCUCACUCACGCUCACGCGUGGAACGCAAUUACUUCGACUCUCACUUUGAGCCCUUCUACCGCACCGAAAUGCUCAUCAUCAGUUCCAAAGGCUUGCCCGAGAUCGAGCACGACACGCCCUCAGGCACCAUUAAUUUCGGACCAGUCUUCAAUGCCACCUUCAUGUUGAAGGUGCUGGAUCUGCAGAACCGGAUCAUGGCCCUCGGCAACGAGACAAAAAUCCAAGAUAUUUGUUUCGCGCCAUUGACGUCCUCAUUCACGGGCCCCGUCACCGCGGACAAGUGUGUCGUGCAGUCCGUGUGGGGCUGGUGGGAAAACGACGAGGAGGAGUUCAACGACACGCUGGAAAACAACGAGUACCUGGAUAAAGUGCUGUCCUGCUCCAGCAACCCGUACACGUGUUUGGCGCCGUACGGCGGGCCGGUGCUGCCGGGGGUGGCGCUGGGCGGCUUCUUGGCGCCCGGCGAGCCGCUGACACCCGCCGCGCGCUUCCACCGCGCCACCGCGCUCAUAGUCACCUUCAUCGUCAACAACCGCCACGACAAGAACCAGUUGAAAGGAGUGCUUGAAUGGGAAAAAGAGUUCAUAGCGUUCAUGAAGAACUACACGGAGAACGAGAUGCCGCCGUACAUGGACAUUGCGUACACUUCGGAGCGCUCCAUCGAGGACGAGCUGGACCGCGAGUCCCAGUCCGACGUGUCCACCAUCCUCGUUUCCUACUUCAUCAUGUUCGCCUACAUCGCCAUCGCGCUUGGACGCUUCACCACGUGCUCCAGGCUGCUCAUCGACAGCAAGGUCACUCUGGGACUCGGAGGCGUGCUGAUCGUGCUGGCGUCGGUGGUGUGCUCUGUGGGCAUAUUCGGGUUCGCGGGCGUGGCGGCCACGCUCGUUAUCGUCGAGGUGAUCCCCUUCCUCGUGCUGGCCGUGGGCGUCGACAACAUCUUCAUCCUGGUGCAGACCAGCCAGCGCGAGCCGCGCCGCCCCAACGAGACCGUCGCUGAACACAUCGGCAGGACGCUGGGGCAGGUGGGGCCGUCCAUGUUCCUGACGUCGGUGUCGGAGUCGGUGUGCUUCUUCCUGGGCGCGCUCAGCGACAUGCCGGCCGUGCGCGCCUUCGCGCUGUACGCGGGCGCCGCGCUGCUCGUCGACUUCCUGCUGCAGGUCACCUGCUUCGUAGCGCUGCUCGCCAUCGACACACACCGCCAGAACGCUAACAGAUUCGAUGUGCUGUGCUGUAUGAGUGGCGCAAAAGCGGAAACCCCGGCGGCGGGCGAGGGCGCCCUCUAUAACCUAUUCCGCCACGUGUACGUGCCAUUUCUUAUGAAGAGGGAAGUGCGCGCAUCCGUUAUGAUCAUUUUCUUCGCAUGGCUGUGCUCCUCUGUUGCUGUGGCACCUCACAUAGAUAUUGGUUUGGAUCAAGAGCUAUCCAUGCCGCAUGACAGUUUCCAACUGAAAUACUUCCAACAUCUAAACCGAUACCUGAAUAUCGGACCUCCAGUAUAUUUUGUGCUAACGGAAGGAUUGGACUUCUCACAAAAAGAAGAACAAAAUAUGGUCUGUGGAACAAGAUUCUGUAACCAAGACAGUCUCUCCAUGCAAUUGUAUUCCGCAUAUCUGACGUCAAACGAGACGUACUUGGCGCAGCCGCCCAACUCUUGGCUUGACGAUUUCUUCGACUGGACUGCCUUAGAAAACUGUUGCAAGUACUUCCCAAGCAACUCUAGCUUCUGUCCGAAUGAUUUCAGUGGCUGUCAAAAAUGUAACAUAUCGCUUGUAGGCGACGAGAAACGUCCAAGUGCGAACGACUUCAGCCACUACGUACCGUACUUCCUGCAGGACAACCCGACGGUAGAAUGCUCGAAAGGAGGACAUGCGGCUUAUUCCCAAGCAGUCAACUACAAAAUGUACAACAAAUCCAUGGCCAAGGUCGGCGCCACGUUCUACCAAGGUUACCACACCGUGCUCAAAACGAGCUACGAUUACUACUCGGCUUUAAGAGCGGCCAGAACUGUGGCCGCGAACCUUACCGAAACCUUGAACAGAAACCUCAAGGAACAGGGCAAGAACACAACGGUCAACGUGUUCCCGUAUUCUGUCUUCUAUGUGUUCUACGAACAGUAUUUGACCAUGUGGCCCGAUACACUGAAGUCAAUGGGCAUAUCUGUGCUGUCGAUAUUCAUUGUGACCUUUAUUUUGAUGGGCUUCGACUUGUUCUCGGCGUUGGUGGUCGUGAUCACGAUUACGAUGAUAGUGGUGAACCUAGGCGGCCUCAUGUACUGGUGGGGCAUCAGUCUUAACGCCGUCUCGCUCGUCAACUUGGUGAUGGCGGUGGGCAUCGCGGUGGAGUUCUGCUCGCACCUGGUGCACAGCUUCAGCGUGGCGGAGGGCGCUUCCCGCGAGGCGCGCGCUGCCACCGCGCUCACGCGCAUGGGCUCCUCCGUGCUGUCCGGCAUCACGCUCACCAAGUUCGGCGGCAUCGUGGUGCUCGGCACCGCCAACAGCCAGAUCUUCCAGGUAUUCUACUUCCGAAUGUAUCUGGGCAUCGUGUUGUUCGGUGCAGCCCAUGGCCUUAUCUUCUUGCCCGUCAUGCUUAGCUAUAUCGGUUCGCCCAUCAACAAACAAAAGCUGGCCAAUCACAUGCUGCGCGGAAAAGAGAUUGGCGUUGCGGAGACGUCGUUAACACGAGUACGCCUGUAA